CAUGCGUGGUGGUGGGAGGGGGCCAUGAGCGUCCUGCUCCCCAACAUGGCGGACUUUGACACCAUCUACGAGCUGGAGGAAGAGGAGGAGGAGGAGGGCGAGGAGGCCGAGACUGUGGUGAGGAGCCAGGAGCUGCCGCGGCCCCGGGACGCGCCCGAACCCGUGGCUGUGAGGGGCGCCGGGCAUAUCACUGUGUUUGGCUUGAGCAACAAGUUUGACACAGAAUUUCCCUCUGUUCUGACAGGGAAGGUCGCCCCAGAAGAAUUCAAGACCAGUAUCAGUCGUGUGAAUGCGUGUUUAAAAAAAAAUCUGCCCCUCAGUGUAAAAUGGCUUCUUUGUGGUUGCUUGUGCUGCUGCUGCACAUUGGGAUGCAGCUUGUGGCCAGUUGUGUGUCUUAACAAAAGAACUAGAAGAUCAAUUCAGAAGUUAUUAGAAUGGGAAAAUAACAGAUUAUAUCAUAAGCUUGGUUUGCACUGGAAGUUGAGUAAACGGAAAUGCGAAACUAACAAUAUGAUGGAGUAUGUAAUACUAAUAGAAUUCUUACCAAAAUAUCCCAUAUUUCGGCCUGACUGAAGAGCAGUGUUAUCUUUCAUGUUACCUGUCAUUUCCUACCCAUAGUGCCUUGUAGGGGAUGUUGGAGAGAAGAUGGUCUACUUUGCUGUGAUUUUUAAAAAAUAUGUUCUUAGGUAGAAUAUCUUCUUUGCUAUGUUACUUUCUUUUGUUUUAAGAAGAAAACAAUUUGCACAUUUUUUAUGUUAAAUAAUGAGGCUUGUAUGUGCACUCCAGUUUUUUUAACAGUAACUGAUAAAAAUUGCCACUAAGAAUAUAGUCUCAAUGCUGCUUGAAGCCUUGUUCUGAGCAUGCUGCCUUAUUAAUGUCCAAGCUCACUGUCUGUUUUCCAUCCUGACUCAGCAUCCAUGUUGUGUAUCAGUUACAGCGUCACACUCCUCCUUUGAAUGCUCAGCAGAAAUGGUCAAGGUUAGCUUACAGUAAUUAGUAAUACUUCUACGAUAAUCUGCUUGCAUAAGACUUGCAAUGGAGCUGCACUGGUUUCGUCUUGCACUUGCAAAAUUGUUCCGUUUUCCUGGGGUGGAGGGGGGGGGGGGUAUCAGUUGCUUUUACACACAAUGGAUUUGUAAAUAUUGCUUCGUUGCAUAAUGUAAAGUGUGGUAUGAUACCAAGGUUUACAAAAUGUAAUAUAACUCCUGUUGUUUUGCCAACUGUUAUGCUUAAUUUUAUGAUGAAUGACAUCUGUAAGCAUCUUUCUGAUUAUACAGACCCAUUCACUUGCCAUUUUGUGGCAAAGCCAUAAUGGAUUGGUCUUAACUACCAAAUGUCAGGCUCAGGUGCACUUUGUUAGUAAAUGAAUGCAAAAAUGUGUCCCUCAUUUCUGUGCCUGGAGGUAUGACCACGAUAUCUGGAAGCCUAACUUUAAAUGUUUAUGUAUGUGGAAUCUAAAGAACCAUGAAGCGACUUGGGAGGCGGGCGGGCGGGGGGGCUUGUGUUUCUCACCAAACUAUUUUUGCAAAUAUGAGGCCUUCCAAAGGCAGUUUGAGAUCUGGUGUGUGGUGGGGGGAGGGUCUGCUCUCCGAGAAUGGGGAAAAAAAUUAAAAAUGCCAGUGAGCCUCCUUUGGACUACUAACGAGUGUAUUUUUACUUAAAAGCAAACAAAAGUAAAUCAUUUGCUUGAUUUGUUACAAUUUAAUGGUAAGUGUUGGGGUCUUUCCCAAUGAUUAUUAUUUAAAAUUGCAAAGGUAUUCCACCAAAAUCUGAGCAGAGUAUACUACUGGCAUGGCAUGGCAGAUUUCAUAAGCUACCAGAUGAAUAUAUGUUCAGUAUCCUUCCAUCCAAGGAGUUUUCUAGGCCAAGCAGUGAUCUUGAAAACACAUUUAAUUAAUUAUUUUCACUUUGCUCCAGUUUGGAAGUUAUUUGAAGAGGAUCACUAUUGGGAAACGGCUGCAGCGGACUUGGUCAUUCUGAGCAAAUACGGCCACUUCUGUUUAAAGACUCUGGAGUGCAGGAUGGGGGCAGAGAACUAGGCAGCCAGAAACUCCUCAGCAGUUUCUGCUGCCACAGCAGAAGCAAUAAAAAGAGUGGGGUCCCCCUUGCGGUCCUGGCUAGCAAAGAGCACACCAAAGCACCACUGCACCUGCGCCCCAGUAGCACCCCAAUUCACUUGAACGGCAGGGGCACCUCUCGUGCGUUCCUCUUGCGUGUGCACUAUUGCCACAGAAUGUAGAUGAAUGGGGAAUUCUUGGCUCUUCAGGAGUUCUCGGUGGGCAUUGGAGGACCUGUGGAAGCUGUGAUCUUAAGAACAUCAUUGAGGGGGAGCUCUUUAGCACAGCCACAAGUAGGAAACUGUAUACUCAGUGUAACUACCAGCUUUGAAAUUGAAGCCUUCCAGUAUUAGCAUAACAUGCAUGCUUCCUGCCCUGGAGCAAAUUUCUGAUGGCAAAUGGUCCAGGUUUUUUUAAUGGAAUAUCAAGUAUUAACACACUAAUAUGCUGCUGUUUGCUGCUCACAGUUUGGACUUUUUAUUAUGCAGCCAUAUUUCUGCAGCAUUUUAGAAGGUUAGGGUUAGAAAGCAGAUUCUUCCAAAGCCAAAUAUAUGAUGCAAAACAAAAGAACGGGGGGUUUCCCAUCAUCAUCAUCAUCAUCAGUGGUGGUGUGAGAGUGAUAUAUUGCCAACUAGAGUAAGAUAUUUCUUCCCGGCUUCCUGAGUCCUGGUGCUCUUUGAACGAUCGCUCCCAAAAGCGCUGAAGAGUUCUCAGCCUUCUUCGAUGAGAGGGCGAGUCUCUCGGAUCUUCUUCCGCAGUCAGGACAAGCAUGUGUUUGAUACUCCUUGCAAUGAAUACUAUCCGUCCAAUUGGUUUUUUAGCUGUAAUGUGCAGGGUCAGGGUGUUGUUCAGUGGAUACGACAGAAAUUUGGGUUUCAAAUAAUUUAACCCCCACUGAGCCAGGCUUUCCUUUCAGGCAGCAGAGGUCUUCAUCUAAGACUUGCACUUCCAAAAACCAAAUUGACUGGAAAGCCCAACCCUAAUCAUGUUGUCCUUAAGUGACUCCUCUGGGCAUGACCAGGCAUUGCUACCCUCCCCCCCCACCCACCUUUUUUUUUUUAAGAAUAAGUACAGAUCUUGCUGUUGGCCAAGGUUAAAGCAUGAAUAGGUCUUCAAAACUCCAUGGAAAUAAAACUGUUGCCUACCGCAGGGGUUGUACUAACAACCCAUGAAAAUGUGCAAAAGCCAAAUUCUUACAAAAUGUUUCAAAUACAGUAAAUGUACUCCAGUGUUGCUAUACAUAAUAGCAUGCAGUGUUUUGUUGUUGACCCAGUGAGCAUCACAUUUCAUAAUUGUUUCCUGGUCCAUUUUGUGUCUUGUCUAGUAAAAUGUAUGGUUUAUUUAUGCAGUAUGACACCACCCCCACCCCCACAAAUAACCCCUUUGUAAGUCAUCUGCAAUGGGAAACCAUGUGGACCCUGUCCUGUAAAUUGCAAGGGAUAUAGGGUAUGGCUACAAUGCAUACCUUUGCUACUUUUGAGGUAUAUCCAACUUUACAGCAUGUAGCGAAGUUCUGAAAAGAGUCCCUUCUUUGCAGUUAAUGACCUGGUUAUCUGUCCCUUGUAACUCUGAGUUAGUUUUCCUGAACAGAGCAAGUUGCCAGCAGGCUAAAAGUUAACGAGUUCCACUGUCCCAGGUAGAUGUAUUCCACAGUCCUGAGAUACCCCUAGAUUUCUCGAGGUAUUGCAGAGGAGUUGGUGCAUUUUAUCCAUUUCACUCCCACUCCAUGAUGUUGCAAGAGAUUCUAGAGCUGACCUCUAGGGGUUCCCACGGCACUGCCCUCACCGCCUCAACUCACCUGCUUCUGCAGUUGGGCUCUCGGCUCCCCUCUCCAGUGAUAAGUAUUUUGUUUUCUUUUUCAGUUUUCCAGUUGUUAAGUAGAUCUAUAGAAACACACCCAGUUUGUGGGGAAAGAUCUUGUAUUAUUUCAGCAAAACAGAAAAUAAUGUGGAGAGAUGAAUAUGAAUAUUGCAGUAUUGCUUUAGCAGAGCAGAAACCCCAAACCAUUUCCUCAUGUUGACCCCUCGGAAGGCUUGGAGAAUUCUAGUCAUUGCCCCAGAUGGUGCAUCUGUCAAGUCUUGGCAAUAGCAGACUUCUGAGCUGUACCACUUCAAGCUGCAGGCAGGGGUGCUAUAGAAACACUCAACAUUAAAAAAACAAGUCUUUACAUGGAGUGAUGCAAAUUUGGGGGGAGCAUAUUCUCCCUGCUGUGCUCUUGUACUAUAUGUAAAAAUUUUAACAAAUAUAUGUGAAGUGCUGCAGUCCAGAAGUAUACCGUCUUGUUUUUUUCAAUGGGUUUGGUGGCUGAGUUUUGACUCAGUCUUGCAGUAUUGGGAGACAGUGAUUGUGAGGCCAACAGCAAUUUGCCAAUGGUCCAAUACAGUCCUGGUCAUCAGAGACUCAAGCAUGUCAAAAUACUGUGAAACGGGAUGCGUCUGCUGCUUUCAUUCCCUGCUCCCCCCUUCAGACUGCAACACAGUUUUAGUAAACUUACCACACUCCAGUAUAAGCAGAUGUUCUCAUGCAGAAGAAGUAGGAAACUCCACAUGCUUAACUGUGUGAAUAUUGCAUCUUAGUGUCCUGACACUGAAUUAUUAUCACCGUAAUCUGAAAACACGAGCAGCACUGAGCAAUAAGGGGGGGGGGGGAAUCAGUGUGUUGAUACUCAAUGUAUGGUCAUUUUAGUAAGCAGUGUUGCAUAUAAUAUGUUCAUGUUUGGCAACUUUUGUGCAUUUUUCUGUUUAUGGUUCAGACAUUUGUAACUCAGUGUUUCUUGAUUUAAACUGUGUACAUUUUUAAUUAAGUCUUUAACACUUCUAUUCUGUUUACAAAGUAAAUAGCCACUUUUUUAAUAGAAUCUCAUGCCUUGAAGUUUUUGAAAUAAAAAGU